AUGACUGCUCGAAUUAGCAAUUUCGGGCUGGCAAAAUUCCUUUUGGAAUCAAUCCAGAGCAAUUCUUCUAAUCAAGCGAGUUCUGCUGGAUUGCGAGGAACUAUCGCUUAUGCUCCUCUAGGAACUGCAGUAUCGACAUAUGGCGAUGUUUAUAGUUAUCGAACUCUUUUGUUGGAAAGUUUUACCGGAAAGAGGCCGACUGAUGAGGCAUUAAAAGACGGCUAUAACCUUCACAAAUUCUCAGUAUCAGCUUUUUCUAAUGGAGAGCCCGAAGAAGAGGUUAUAGAUCCGGUUCAGCAGCUUAAGAGCUACCAUUUUGCAAUUUCCACCAAGAAUUCCAUAACUAUACACAUCACCAAAGCCACCGAUGCCGAUCAGAUUUUUUGA